ACUGCUGAAAGAAGAUGCAGUUGGUGAAGAGAAAAGGAAGAAAGUGGAUCUACGACGACGAUUAAAACGAGAGCGAAAAGAAAUACGCAACGUUUGGAAGGAUCUUGAUGAAGCUCGACAACAAAUUGAGCAAAUGAGCGUCGAGCAGGAAAAUCUUAUGCGAUUACUAAAUGAAGAGCAAAUAGAAAAGGCUAACAUUUUAGAGCUGCUAUCAGAUGCCGAUGCUGCAAUUGAACGAUACAAGCAAGAACGAGAAAACGAAGUUUUCAAUAUUCCUUCACAUGACAUUCAAUUGACUGGCACAGAACUAGGACGUGGAUCCUAUGGAGCUGUUUGUGUUGGAUAUUGGCGUGGCUGUCCUGUUGCUGUCAAACGUCUGUAUGAUGAGUUCUCUGGUUAUGAACGAUACAUUCAACUUGUGCAACAAGAAGCGUCUGUAGCAUGGAAGAUACGUCAUCCCAACGUUGCUGCUGUUUGUGGUGUCACUCUGGAGUUAGAAGAGAAGAAGGCGUGGAUUAUCAUGGAAUUACAGAGCGGCUCCAUUUCUAGUGUGAUUGAUGCAUGUCAACAAGAUGCUGCACCUCUCACUGUACGAGAAAAAGUUGACAUGGCACAUGAUUCUUUGUGUGGAUUGGAUCACAUUCACUCGAUGCAACCCAUGGAGAUUCUCCACGGUGACAUCUGUCCAAGGAAUAUCCUAGUAACUGCAACAAUGAGAGCCAAACUGGGUGAUCUAGGAGCCGCUCGUUUUCAAGGUGCUUCACUUUCAGCCGGCCUCGUCAGUCCAGAAUACACAGCAACGGAGAGAUUUGAUGUUCCAGCUCAACCAAAAAGCAAGAAGUGCGAUAUGUACAGUAUGGGGGUGACCCUAUGUGAGCUGUUCACUGCUGUUACUCCAGACCGUCGAAAGAGAAUGGAUCAAGUCUUACUCAUCCGUCAGCUGAAUGUUCGUUUCUUAUGUAAACACUUGAUGAGAGAUAAUCCUGCCACACGACCAGCAGCAACCGAAGCUCGCAGAAUCAUUAGUCGUAUUCGUGGGACAGACGAGUAUAAAGCAUGUCCUCCUAAACGAAUGGUAAAGGGCAAGAUGGAUGGAGUGGCUGAUGUCAUUCUUGUUCAGCCUAUUUGUUAUGUUCCUACACCUUGUGACAACAUUACUUAGCAAUAGCAAUAAGGUAUGUUUGCAUUCUGUAUUCUUAGAUUGACCAGACAAGUUUGGAGUAGCGUUUUUAGUAUUUGAACUUUGAUAUUGUUAUUGGCAGGUUUGAUGUGUGCACUUUGUCACGUGUUAUGAUA